AUGUCAAUGCAAUCAGAUGCUAAGAAUGUACUUAUAAUUUUCAAAUUCAUAUUUUAUAUUAUUUAUCGUUCAAUACGUUCCAUCAUCCAGCUAGAAUCUGAUAUUAUUGCUCUUAUAAGGGUCGUGACUAAGGCUAAUAUUACCAAUGAAGUGGAAUUUUUUCAUAUUUUAGCUCGUAAUCGUCUAGACAAUUCUGAUAUAUGUAGAGAAUGCGAUUUUUUACUUUUUUCCGAUCAUUUUGGUCAUUUUGAUGAAUUGGCCGAUCAAAGAUGGCAUAUCUAUUCAAUAACAGAUCAAUAUGUCUAUUUCUGUCAAAUUCCAUCAGAAGAAGAUCUAUCUAUUCUCAAAAACCCUAAGUUAUCUAUAACUUUCUAUGAAAAAGCUGAAAAAGUAGCCAGAGUUAACCAUAUUACAUUCGCUAGCUAUAUGAAUAACAACAUGUUGAAAGCCAAAACGAUCUUCUUGCACAGUACACCUGCAUGUGGAGCAACAUUGACAGCCAAAAUGCUACAAUCAGCUGAUUCAUCGGCUCGAUCUUUCAUUGUCUUAGGAGAGCCUCCAAUGCUUUCAUCACUCUCAAUCCUUAUGUACAGUCUAUCAAUAGAGAAAUUACGAGAAUUGACUAAGAACGUCAUUCGAUUCUCUCUCUGUCAUUACAAUGGCAAUCAAACUGUUCUAAUUAAGACAAGAUCAUGUUGUGGAAAGUUAGUUCCAUACGUACAUCAUAGUUAUCCAUCUAUUCAACAUAUAUUCGUUACGUCGAAAAAUCCAUCUGAUGGCAUACCUCGACUCAUCUCAAAGACUUCAACAUCCAUUCCAAUAUUCCGUAUUAUUUGUUUUUUCAUUCGACAAGCUUAUCCAUUUUGUGAUUUUUUCACUUCAUGGCGUCGACUAGAAAGAGAUACGGUAGUGAAGAUAGGACCAAACGAUUCUGUUGAAUUUACAUUAGCCCAUAUAAUGGGUGCUACGGUAAACUAUCAGAGGACGUUGAAGUACUAUGCUUUAGAUAUAAUUUACUUUGAAGAUUUGAUGAUUGACACUGCUAGCGUCUUGAGACCUAUCUUGUAUUUAUGCGGAUUAUCUGAAUUAGUCAUACCUGAGUGUAUUGAAUGGAAACGUCAAGAAGACUUCGAAGAUCUGAACGAUAAGACAUCAUGUUUGAAUAAUGUUCAAAAGCAACGUAUCAAAGUACUUGUUGAGUUAUUACAACAAGAAUGGAAUCAAUAA